AUGAGAAAAUCAUACUACGCAUUGUAUACUAUAAAUAAAGAUUUUCAUGGCUACGGCCUACUAUUUUUAGAAUUUGGAGAAGUAUCUCCGAGACCGCCAUUAACUUGUAAGAUUACGAUUACAAUGGAAUAUACCUUUACCAAUAGUUUCCAGUCAGAUGACGAAAUUAUUAAUGGAACAACUUAUGCAUUUUCUUUAGAUAUGAAUACUUUGUUGGGUAAUUCACGAACGAACAAACGUGCAGAAAAAUUCCAGAGUGGAGAAUUGAGUCGUCCACCAAAAUGUCAAAAUGCGUUUAUUUUAUAUAGGAAGGACAAGAUGGCCAGUCCCGAAUUUAAAAAUAGACCAGCUGAAGAUAGAAGAGCUUGUGACGUUUCGAAAGAAAUAAAAGCUCUUUGGAAUAGGGAACCAGAGCAUAUAAAAUCACUUUUCCGUGCUCUUGCGAGAAAGGCUGAACAAAUACAUUCCGAGAAUUAUAGACAAGAAACUGAAAUUUUGGAACCUGAAGAACAAAUAUAUACCAUUGAUCAAGCAUUUACCGAGCAAUUUCAGCACAUACAAGAUAACAAUAUGCAAGAUUUAUUCGAUAUUAAUACACGUCAAAUAUAUAUUCUAUCUAACUCUAACCUUAACUUUUGUGAGCCAAUAAUUUUUGAAUACUAUUCCUCCGAGAUUGGAAUAGCACAACAAGCACACGAUUAUCCUUCCAUGGUCGGAGAAAAUGGAACAGCGCAAGAAACAAUUACGGCAGCACAACAAGAAUACUAUUAUCCCUCGUGGGAUGGAAGGGAUGAAACAGCACAAGAAACACACGAUUUGAUUGUAACAGCAGCACCACAUGCGCUUUUAAGAUUGAAUCAGUUCAAUUAACGUAAUGAUUUUUCCCUCUGAGAAGUUAACAUUAAACAAGAUCAAUUGAUUAUCUGUUGAAUAACAUCUUCCAUGUCGGUGUCAAUACAGGAUGGUAGGUCUGUUUUGGCAAUGAAUAUGGAGGAUAUAUUACUCAAUGGGUAGUUGGUUGAUUUUGCUAUGUUGCUUUUCAUAGAAUAUAAUGAAUGGUGAUGGUAAAUUUUAAUUUUAUAUUGAUUAGUUUUUGGAUCAUUGGUUUUUUGGGAAUUAUAUUCUUAUUAAAAUUAAAUAAACAUAUAAUUAUUUCACUCUUUAUAUUUAUAUUUAUUUGCCUUUUUAUUUUAAUUUUAUUGAAAUGUAAUUUGUUCUAAUAUAAAAAUAAAUAAAAACAUCCACUUCGAAAAUUAUAAUA